AUGGCCAGGAAAUCAAUAGACUUCUCCCAGUCGUUGUUGAAGUUUCAGGGAAGUGUACCUGACAGGUCCGAGCCUAAAAAUCCGGCGGUUUCCGCUCGAUUUCGACCCUUUGAAGACCCCAAACAAUCCUCCCCACCACAAGAUGACUUAGCCAACGAAAAGUCACUCAAGCACAAGUACACCCAACAGAACACGCUCCUCGCAAGAACUAACGCUAUGAUGCAGCGCAAAAUGAACGAUAUGGAGACCAGAUUGGUCGAGUUAUCAAAUGAGAACAACAAACUCAAGAAGAGCCAUACCAACAGGAGUGUUGAAAACAAGAGACAAUUAGAGCAUAAAGUUGAAAUGAUCGAAGGCAAGUUGUUUGAGAAGUUUGCUGACAUUCUACAGCUCAUGAAGCACCUCCGAUGGGAGGAAGGCUUGACUGCAAAUCCACAACUAGAUGUCUUGAACGAAAUAAACCGACCCAUUACGUCCACUCCCAUUGAAAGUGAGCCCACAAUGGGCAGCCCAUUCGGUCUUAUUGGUCCUUCAGGAAGUAUGUUUGGACAAAAUGAGGGCAUACCUAAGUCCUUGCAUCCAGAGGAAGUCCCAGACUUCAGCAAAGACGUAACUGACUCACAGGUGAAUCAGACAUUUUUGGAUGAAGAAGUCACCGAAUAUGCUAAGAUAGAUAAGUUUUCAACUAUUCUCGAGGAUAAGGAGCCAUCUGAAACUUCCAAAAUUGCAGAUCCGGAUCCAGUGCAGGCAGAAAUUCCUAAGAGUCCAUCGCCUCAAAUUAGCACGUCGGACUGGCUAGCAAAAGCAAAUGAGUUAAUAAAAGAAAACGAGUUGAGCAAGUCAAGAAAAGCCAAAUCUUCUGAAUGGAAUGAAAACGAAAAGCAAAAACAUCAUGAGCAAACCGUAACGAAUACCCAGCAUGAAAUACCACCAAAAAAGGUCAAACAUAAAGGCAAAGCCCUUGUGGUGAACACUGAGUUCAAAGGCGAAAUUGAACAACAACAAAACCUUGAGUCCAAAUCCCCAAUAAUAGAUUUGAGGAGCUCAAGGGAGGUAUCAAGCGAAAUAGAGGAUAUCAAGGAAGAACCGGUAGGAAGGCCCCGCAGAGCUAGAAAAAAGGUUGAUUACAAGCCUGUCCCAUUGCGAGCUAAGAUGAGAAGAGAGUCGGUCAAGUUGUUGGAUGCUGUGGGUGAGAAUGUGUUGAUCAACUACGCAGUAAGCAAAAGACCAACAGAUGAGGAGGUCGAAAGAAAGAGAAGAAACGACGAGGAACAAAACGAUAGUAGCACGAAAAGAAAACCUUUGUCGGUGUUGAAGGACAAUGUGAUACGAAACUCAAAUCCGGAAAGCAAGACAGUAAUCAGUCCAAAUGCGCCAAUUCUGGAGCAGGACAAAGAGAACCAAAUGGACAUGUCGGUGUUCGACUUUGAAGAGGGAGGUCCCAGAAGACGUUCCGUGUAUGUGGGCAAAAAAACCGCCAGAAGGAACAGAAGACAGACAAUGAUGUAA